AUGGACCCCGACGUCGACAUGAUCAACGCCGAGGCCGUGAAGCUCAUCGCGAAGGCAGCGGAAUUUUUCAUCGAAGAGUUGAGCCGGGCCAGCUACACGGAAGCUGUGUUGGACAAGAGAAAGACGGUUCAGGCAAAGGAUAUUGGAAAGGUCAUCGCGGCCAACCCGGUUUUCGAAUUCCUCGAGGACGCGUUGGACGAUUGGUAUGAGGAUAUGGCCGAGGAGGAUAUUGUUGAGGCGGCGCAAGGAGACGAAACACAGCCCCCAGAGACCCUAGCCGAAGAUGAGGGUAUUCUAGAUGAGAUCUCCCCUGACCUCCCGGAAACCGCCGACCCCGACCAAACCAUUGCCGAAGAGGAGAACGAGGAGAUGGAAGAAGCG